AUGGCAGAAACUACAGUGUCAUUUGUUUUAGAGCAACUCUACAAACUUGCAUUAGAAGAAGGAAGUUUGCUGACAGGAGUACACAAAGACUUGGAUGACAUCAAAGUUGAACUUGAGAGCAUUCACGCUUUCCUCAAGGAUGCAGACAGAAAGGCUUGUGAUGAUGGUGGAGGAGGAGGGUCUAAUGAAGGAGUCAAAACAUGGGUGAAGCAGGUAAGAGAAGCAUCUUUUCGCAUUGAAGAUGUCAUUGAUUACUAUACCAUGUAUUUGGCACAAAGGGUUGAACAUUCGGAUUCUGGAUGCAUGGUCUCGCUCAAAAUGGUAUUUCAGAUGAUUAAAACCAUGAAGCUGAGACAUUGGAUCGCUUCUGAGACGAAAGAUAUCAAAGUAUCAAUUGGUGGAAUCAAAGAAAGAAGUAUCAGGUAUGAGUUUAAGGCUGAAAAUGGACCAGGAUUCCAUAGAGGGGCUUCUCAAAGUGAAAGUUUUGGUGAUCCUCGAAUGGCUUCGCUUUUUAUUGAAGAGACUCAAGUUGUUGGGUUUGAGUCAUCAAGAGAUGAAUUGGUGAGAUGUUUGGUGGAAGGAACCAAUGAACUCGUCUUGGUUUCGGUGGUUGGCAUGGGAGGACUCGGAAAAACAACUCUUUCUAACUAUGUUUUUAAUAACCUGCUCGUAAAAAAACACUUUGAUUGUAGAUCUUUCAUCACAGUUUCUCAAUCUUAUACUGUGAGGGACUUGUUGAUUGAUAUGGUAGAGAAAUUUUGUAAGGAUAGCAAUGAGUCUAUUCCAAAGGGUCUGCAGAAGAUGGAUGGCAAAACAUUGAUUACUCAUGUGAGACAAUACCUUGAGUCAAAAAGGUACUUGGUGUUUUUUGAUGAUGUUUGGAAAGAAAAAUUUUCUGAUGAGAUUCAACAUGCCUUAAUUAGUAAUAACAAAGGAAGUAGAAUCAUUGUGACUACUAGGAUGAUGCAUGUUGCUGAAUAUUUUAAGAAAUAUUUUCCUGUCCAUGUUCACGAGCUACAACCUUUGUCUCUAGAGAAAGCAUGGGAACUUUUUUGCAACAAGGCAUUUAGAUAUGAGCCUGGAAAAAAGUGUCCAGCAGAACUCGAGGGUCUGUCCGGUGAAAUUGUUCAAAAAUGUGGAGGGCUGCCACUGGAAAUUGUGGCCAUUGGGGGUCUUUUGUCAACAAAAUCUAAAACUAUUUUUGAGUGGGAAAAGGUGAGUAAAAAUCUGAGAAUGGAGUUAGAGCGCAAUGCCCAUUUAACUAGUUUAAUGAAGAUUUUAUCUCUGAGUUAUGAUGAUUUGCCUUACCACUUGAAAUCAUGCAUGUUGUAUUUUGGUAUAUAUCCUGAGGACUACAUCAUCAAUCGCAAAAGACUUACUCGACAAUGGAUGGCUGAAGGGUUUGUAAAGGAUGAGGAGAUUAGGCCAUUGGAGGAAGUUGCUGAAGAGCACAUGAUACAGUUGAUACAUAGAAGUUUGGUUCAAGUUUCCAAAGUGGGUUUUGAUGGGAAAGUGAAAAGUUGUCAAGUCCAUGAUUUGUUGCGCGAAGUGAUUAUCAGAAAAAUGAAAGAUUUAAGCUUUUGUCAUUUGAUGCAAGAAGAUGAUGAACAUGUCAUGGUUGGAAUAACUAGGCGCUUCUCUAUAGCAGCUAAUGCAAACAAUGUGUUUAGAAGCUCUAGUAACACGGGAGUUCGUGCUAUUUUUGUUUUUGACAAAGGAGAGGUGAAUGAACAUUUCAUGGACAGAGCAUUUUCCACGUUCAAGCUUUUGAAAGUGCUUGAUUUUGAGAAUUCUUUGUUGAAUUCUAUUCCUGAUAACUUGGGGAAUCUUUUCCAUCUACUAUACUUGAACCUGAGUCAUACAAAAGUUACGAUUCUUCCCAGAUCCAUUUGUAAGCUAGUCAACUUAGAAACGUUGGAUCUAAGGCAAACUCCAGUGCAUGAGUUACCAAAAGAGAUAAACCAGCUCACAAAGCUAAGGCUUCUUCCGGCUUAUUAUAGAAAAUACGAAGGGCAUUAUUCAAUGUUGAACUUUACAAUAGGAGUGAAAAUGCAAAAAGGUAUUGGAAUCUUGAAAUCUUUACAAAAACUUUACUUUCUGGAAGCUGAUCAUGGUGGAAACGACCUUAUCCAAGAGCUCAAAAGUUUGAAACAGUUAAGAAAGUUAGGCAUAAAGCAUGUUCGGGGAGAAUACGGAAAUGCACUAUGUGAUGCAAUACAAGAGAUGGAUCACCUUGAAUCUCUGAAUAUCGGUGCUAUAGCUAAGGAUGAAAUCCUUGACUUGGAUCUUGAAUCACCUCCAACCUAUCUUAGAGUGCUCAAUUUGAAAUGCAAGCUAACAAAGUUGCCUAAAUGGAUUCCAAGUCUCAAGUAUCUUGUGAAGUUAAGACUUGGUUUAUCUAACUUCGAAGAUGAUCCACUAGACUCUUUGAAGAAUUUGCCGAAUUUGUUGAGGCUGAAUUUGUGGGACGAUGCAUUUUCUGGUGAAAGAUUGCAUUUUCAGAAAGAAGGGUUUCAUAAGCUGAAGGAGUUGGACCUGACUAGAUUAAAUAGACUAAGUUCUGUAUCUAUAGACGAAGAAGCUUUACUUUGUCUCGAACACUUCAGAUUUAACAAUAACCCUCAAUUGAAGGUGGUUCCGCAAGACCUUCACCACUUGAAAAACCUUCAAUUCCUUGGAUUUGCUGAUAUGCCCGUUGAAUUAGUUGAUAGCAUUGAUCUAGAGAAAGAUGGACCGUGCCAUUGGAUUAUCAAUCAUAUUCCGCUUGUACUAAUUCGUCAGAAAGUAGGAGAAAAAUUUCAUGACUAUGAGUUGCGCCCGAUUCCUACUCAACUCAAUGUCUAA